AGGUGGGAACUGGGAAUAGCUGAAAGAAGAGGAGAAAAAGUCAAGCUGAUUUAGGCUACCGACUACUACCACUUCUUCUUCACAUACACAUCUCUCCCUCUCUCUCUCUCUCUCUCUCUCUUUCAUUCAUAUUUCUGGUUGGAUUAGCUGAGAAAAUCAAUAAAAAUGGGAAUGAAUAAUCCAUUAGUGUUGAAGGUUGGGUUAGUAGUGGUGGGUCUCUGUAUAGCCGGUUACAUAUUGGGUCCACCGCUCUAUUGGCACUUCAUGGAAGGUUUAGCCGCCGUGAGCCAUUCCUCCUCCGCCUCUUACUCUUGCCCACCUUGCCAAUGUGACUGUUCCUCUCAGCCUCUUCUCUCUAUCCCCGAAGGAUUGGGCAAUGGUUCCUUUGCAGAUUGUGCAAAGCAUGACCCAGAGGUGAGUGAAGACACUGAAAAGAAUUUUGCAGAGCUAUUGACAGAGGAACUGAAGCUACGGGAAGCCACAUCUUUGGAAAAUGAGCAGCGUGCUGACAUGGCUCUGCUUGAGGCAAAGAAAAUCACGUCCCAGUAUCAAAAGGAGGCAGACAAGUGCAAUUCAGGCAUGGAAACAUGUGAGGAAGCAAGGGAAAAAUCUGAAGCUGCAUUAGUGGCUCAAAAGAAACUAACUGCAAUGUGGGAGCUCAGAGCUCGUCAGAGAGGAUGGAAAGAAGGGAUUGCCAAAUCUCAUGCUCAGACUCAGGGAAAUGUCCAGACUGCCUAAAAGAAGACCAUGGCCCUGUGAGGAACAAUUUUAAGGCAAGGCAACUGUUCUACAUGGUACCGAUUCUUUAUGCUGGCAGUGAUGAAUUUUUACUAGGCCUCUCCUCCAAGAGGAUUCUUCAUAAAUCUGUCCAUCUUUUUAAGCAAUAUAAAUUAUAUAUUAUCAUUAAUAGUCAAGUAUAGAAACCUCAUCACUAUUAAGCCUUACGGAAACUGCCAAUCCCAAUCGGUGCAAAAAUGCCCAGAUUUCUCAUUUUUCCACCCCAAUUUUAGUUAAAGGUUCCACUUGUAAGAUUCAUAAACUAGAGACUAAUAUUUUUGGUCUUAUUUCCAAGCCAAACUAGAAAUUGUGAUUAAAUGUGAAAAUAUUUCCCUUUCUUACUUGAAAA